UAUUAAUUCCGGCUCAGAAUCUGUAGCAAGAUUCAGUCAAUAUUACAGACCCGAAAAACCCUUUGUAUUUUGGUACUCUGCUUUUGCUUUUGCCACAGAAACGAAGAGAAAAGUCAGUUUUUGGACUUUUUUUCUAAAAAAAUAUUAUUUUCUCUGAUCCCACAAUCCCACCCUCAUAUAUAAUAGGCUUAAAAGGAUUCUGGGUUUUGUUCUUUUAUUGAUUUGAUUCCCCUCUUUUGGGCCAAGGGAGACUCUGUUCAUUAUUUCAAGUAUUUUAUGUAUUUACGUUUUGACUUUUUAGUGAUUGUUUACACAUUGAUAUAAAAAGGAUCUGCAGUUUGGCAUAUCAAAUUAACCUGCAUCUUUCUUGAACUCUUCUUCCUUAGGUGACUUCUUCUGUUUCUCAAUCUCUUAAUGCUUUUUUGUUUAUCUUUCAUUUGGGUUCUGUAUAUUUCAUAUGUUUUUUGUUCUUUUAAUCAUUUUGGGUUGUGUUAUCUUCCAAGUGCUGAAGUUAAUAGGGCAUUUCAGUUAGAUAUUUCUAUCAAAGAUUUGAGCUUUUUUUCUCCUUGAAUUUUACUGUUCGUUUCAUGUGGGUAUGUUUCUUUGUUUCUUGCUGAGCAGUUUUUUAAUUCCAUCAGCUGUGAUGACUAAUCUUCUGAAAUCGUCGAGAUCUCGAUAUGAUUAGAUUAUAGCAAUUAAGCUGUUGUUUGAACCCAAUUAAGCACCUUGAUUAGAUUUCAGGAACAAAAUAGGAUUAGGGUGCCAGAAUUCGAUUAGAGAGAAGCUAAUGGAACACUUUGAUAUGCAGGUGAACCUCUGUUUGAAUUGAUAAUUGAUAAAAAAUGGCCAUCAAGACACUCGGUCUAGUUAAAGGUCACCCCAUUGAAAGGGGCAAUGACUAAUGAGGUCUAUCAAAUAAGUUGGCCUACGAGGAACAAUGGUGACCUUUUCCGGAAAGUUCUGGUUCGGGUUUACGGUGAGGGAGUUGAAGUGUUUUUUAAUCGGGAGAAUGAAAUUCAGACGUUCGAGUGCAUGUCCAAGCACGGCCAGGGGCCGCGUCUUCUUGGGCGAUUUGCAGAGGGACGGGUUGAGGAGUUCAUUCAUGCUAGAACGCUAUCAGCUGCUGACCUCCGUGAUCCCGAAAUAUCUGCUAUUAUAGCAGCUAAGCUGAGAGAGUUCCACAAUUUGGAUAUGACUGGUCCGAGAAAUGUAGUCCUUUGGGAUAGAAUGAGGAACUGGCUCAAUGAGGCAAAAAACUUGUGUUCGAUCAAAGACAUACAGGAAUUCGGCUUGGAUACUUUGGAAGAGGAAAUUAGUAUGUUAGAGAAAGAACUGUCACAGGACUAUCAAGAAAUUGGGUUCUGUCACAAUGACCUGCAGUACGGUAACAUAAUGAUGGAUGAAGAGACCAGAUUAAUCACUUUAAUUGAUUAUGAAUAUGCCAGUUACAAUCCUGUCGCUUAUGACCUUGCAAAUCAUUUCUGUGAAAUGGUAGCAAACUACCACUCUGAGACACCUCACGUUUUGGACUACAGGAAUUAUCCAGGUCUGGAGGAGCGCCAGAGAUUUGUCCGUGCAUAUCUGAGCUCUGCAGGUUGCGAACCCAGUGAUGCUGAGGUGGAGCAGCUAGUUGAAAUAGCAGAGAAGUACACUUUGGCCAACCAUCUCUUUUGGGGCUUAUGGGGAAUAAUUUCGGGUCAUGUGAACAAAAUUGAUUUUGACUACACGGAGUAUGCGAGGCAGAGGUUUCAGCAGUACUGGUUGAGAAAGCCGGCAUUGUUGGGUUCUUCAGGUGACUCCCUGUAAUUACACAACCAACAAGGAUUUUAUAGUAUGCUGAAGACCAUCUCCUUUGUGCUUGUGAUGUUACUUCAUAAAUAUUGUCGUAAAUGUGAAAUAGUUAUACAAAUAAAGACGUGUGAGAGUUUUGUACCAAAAACAGAAAAGAAAAGGUGUGUGAGAAAUAAAUACGAAAUGUAGUUGUAAAUGGCAUUGACGACUGACAGUUUCUUCUUCGUUUGUUAAGUUCUUGUACAAGUACUUGUUGACUAAGAGUUGUUUGAGUGCCCUUAUGAGCUGUAUUGUGUAUGGUAACGGGGUGUUCUAUGCCAACUCAUUCUGUC